AGACAGGAGAGGGGGAAGGAUAGGUCAUGGCUGUAUAAAAUAAAAUAAAAAAAAUCUACAAAAUAUAUUGAGAGGGAGAGAGUAAUGGAGAAGAGGGAAAGCAAUUAUUACCUUUUAAUGUGAUGCACGCAUCCAUGGCAGAACAGAGAAGGGUACAGAGUACUGCCAUGACACAAGGGUAGAAUACAAAAUCAAAAAAAAAAAAAAAACUCAUUUAAACAACGAGCCGAACAAGUUUUCCCAGAAGAGAGAGGUUGAGUCGAGUUAAAAAUUGAAUUGUUGCAAGAUUGAGCAGAGGAGAGAAGAAAAGGAAUGGAGUUCAAAAAGAAGAGAAAGAACAAGAUAAAAAUGGGUCUUUUUUCAUUUUAGUUUGGAGAUUGAUUUCAUGGCAUGCAAAGAAAGCUAGAGUGGUUUUGAUAAAUCUUGAAGGAAACCAGAUAUAUAAUCUAUUUCUCUUGCUUUGUAGGUGGGAAAAUGUUGUCUUUAACUUGAUCUCUGAUUUUCCAAAACAGCUUAUUUGUCUUCUCGUUUCCAUACAGUACAAAUGCACUUUGAAUUACAGGCUAAUGGUGUUGUAGAACUCGGAGGUUUUGGUCCGAUUUGUCAGCAAGACAAGUGGAUAAAUCAGCAAGAAGGUGAUAGCUUUACCUUUGCAAACAACGAAAAAGAAGCAAUUUCUGUUCAUAUGAGAAGAAGCCAAAGCCCACCCACACCAGCAUCCACUCUCUCAUCGUCUUUCAACGGCGGUGCCUACGAUGCGGACGGCGGAGGUAAUUCCGCCAAAAACACCACCACCACAGUGGCCACCGUAGCACCACCUAAGAAUCCGCUUCUUCAACCGGUUCCUAGAGAAAUAGGCCUUACUCCGGGGCAUGAAGGUACUCAAAGAUGCAAUCUGGGAUUGGAAGAUUGGGAAACGAUGCUGUCAGAAUCAGCCAUCUCACCGAGUCAAGACCACUCGAUUCUGCGUUGGAUCGCUGGUGACCAUUCCUUGGGUGUCAAACAGCUGCUUCAGAGUGAGAUUACUGGUACUAACCAGGGAUUUGAUUUUGAAGGCAAUGCAGGGCCGUGGGUUGUUGACCAGGGUCCUGGGUUUGACUCAAUUGGUAAUGUGAUUUCAAGCGCUGCCCUGAGUUUCGGUGGUGUUCCUGGUUCUGGGUUUGUAGGUGCUACUGUUGGGUUUAAUACAAACAUCCAAAAUAUGAUUUUUACUUCUCCAGCUAACAAUACUGGUCAUCCCGUUUCUCUGCAGCUGCAGCCUGCUCAGUAUCUUGAAAACCAAGAUGAGAAACCACAGAUUUUUAGCCCACUUGUUUUCAUGGAUCAGGAACGGCAUCCUCAAAAUCCAAACUUUUCCUGGCCAUUACCUCAAGAAGAGCACCUCCUUCAGCCUUUGCCAAAGCGUCUCAAUCCUGGUAACUUGGAAUUUUCUUCUCAGAUCCCAAAACUCCCGUUUUCUGAUUCCGGCCAGGAAUUGUUUACUAGAAAGCAGCUGCAACAACAAGGGUUUCCUCAGGGUUCCCAGUUUGUUCCUCAGCAGAAGCCGCCGAUGGUGGCAAAAGAUGAAGUGUUGAGUCCAGCAGAGGAUAUGGCUCAACAGCAGCAGCAGUUGAACCAGUUACACCAGCAACAGCAAGUCACAUUGUUCGAACUGCUUUACAUGGCUGCAGAGUUUGUAGGGAGUGGGAAUUUUUCUCACGCGCAACGGAUAUUGGCGCGGCUCAAUCACCAACUGUCUCCAGUAGGUAAGCCCCUUCAAAGGGCUGCUUUCUACUUCAAGGAGGCUUUACAAUUACUGCUCAUGAAUAACUCUGUCUCUCCGCCACCACCGAGGGGCCCAACCCCUUUUGACAUUAUCUUCAAAAUGGGGGCUUACAAGAUCUUCUCUGAAGUCUCUCCGGUUAUCCAAUUUGUAAAUUUUACCUGCAACCAGGCUCUUCUUGAAGCUCUUGAUGGUGCUGAUCGAAUUCACAUUGUGGACUUUGAUAUUGGAUUUGGUGUUCAGUGGGCAUCGUUUAUGCAGGAGCUUCCCUUGAGGAGUAGAGGAGCUCCUUCAUUGAGAAUUACUGCCUUUGCCUCACCUUCAACGCACCAUCCUAUUGAGCUUGGGCUUAUGCGUGACAAUCUUACACAAUUCGCUAAUGAGAUUGGUUUAAGUUUUGAGCUUGAGAUGCUUAAUUUCGAUGCUUUAGUUCAAACCCCUUACUCUUUGCCCUUGUUUCAUUCAAAUCAAAACGAGGCAAUGGCUGUGAAUUUUCCAGUUUGGUCUUCUUCGAACCAGCCCUCUGCUUUGCCCAAUCUUCUGCACUUUGUGAAGCAGCUUUCCCCAAAAAUCAUGGUGUCUUUAGACCAAGGGUGCAACAGAAAUGAUCUGCCAUUCCCACAGCACAUUGUCCAUGCGUUUCAGUCAUAUAUAGACCUAUUAGAAUCACUUGAUGCCAUUAAGCUGACUUCUGAUGCUGUCAACAAGAUUGAAAGGUUCCUUCUUGUGCCACGAAUUGAAAGCACCGUGUUGGGGCGACUGAAUGCACCUGAGAAAAUGCCCCUUUUGAAGACUCUUUUAUCCUCAGCUGGUUUUGUCCCUGUAACAUUCAGUAACUUCACUGUAACUCAGGCAGAAUGUGUAGUAAAGAGCGCUCAAGCUAGGGGAUUUCAUGUCGAGAACCGCCGGACUUCGCUUGUGCUUUGCUGGCAGCAGAGGGAUCUUAUCUCAGCAUCAGCUUGGAGAUGCUGAACCUGAGUAGCAGCAUCAAACAGGCUGGGGAGCUUUUUUUCGUUUAGCAACUAACAGUCCAUCAACUCUAUCCUGAAGUAGGACUUAA